AUUCAUUGUGUUUCUGCUGAAACAGAAGAAUAACAGCGAAAAAUGGCAAGAACCAAGCAGACCGCUCGUAAGUCCACCGGAGGCAAAGCCCCCAGGAAGCAGCUGGCCACCAAGGCUGCCCGUAAGAGCGCCCCGGCCACCGGCGGCGUGAAGAAGCCUCACCGUUACAGGCCCGGUACCGUGGCUCUGAGAGAGAUCCGUCGUUACCAGAAAUCCACCGAGCUGCUGAUCCGCAAGCUGCCCUUCCAGCGCCUGGUGAGGGAGAUCGCUCAGGACUUCAAGACCGACCUGCGCUUCCAGAGCUCCGCUGUCAUGGCUCUGCAGGAGGCCAGCGAGGCUUACCUGGUCGGCCUGUUCGAGGACACCAACCUGUGCGCCAUCCACGCCAAGAGGGUCACCAUCAUGCCCAAAGACAUCCAGCUGGCCCGCCGCAUCCGCGGAGAGAGAGCUUAAACUGCCCUCUGCUCCAUAAACACAACGGCUCUUUUAAGAGCCAUAUCACCCUCUGAUAGAGCAACACGUCCUAUUAGCUUAUUUUAUAUUUGUAUAUCAUGUUGUUGUAUGACAGUGAGAAUACAUUUGUAUGUAAUACUUUUCUGAAGUGAAUCCA